AUGACUACAACUCGCCAACAUGUGCGGGCACAGGACAUCGAAGUUGGCUGUAUACUGUUCCUUCCAAGUACAAGCUAUACGGGGGAUUUGAAAUGUAUGUGGUCUGAUGUCAAUGGCCAUCCUUGUCGAAACAGAAACAAUGGACGUUGUGUUUUGAAGCAAGAGGGGCACAAUCACCCUGUAGUGAUCAUUGGAAAACAUGAUGGACUCGAUCGGAUUAUGCCAGACAUACCUAAGCUAUCAUUUGUUCAAAUGACUCAUGGUACCCCACAGAGCGCUACUACCUCUGGACCGUCGAUUUUUUCCCCCUACGGACAUUACGAGAUCGCCGAGAGUACUGGGCGACUGAACUUUCCACAAAAUUUCCGCUCACGCUACUGGUUUCGAGGUGUUGAAUACCUCCGCCGCGGUCCAGGUAAUUUUCGAAUCCCUCAUGUUUUCUUCGCCUCGCCCGGGAGCCUUAGAACUAUGACCACGGGUCCUGGAGCACGAGCAUACGAUUCACGUUUGGAUGAAGGAUCCUAUUUGAGGUUGAUGCAACGACUAAAUCUUGAGCCGAAGCGAUAUGUACGCGAUGAUUGCUGGGACGAUGAUUGGCCUGCACUUCCCAAUGGCGACUCAGCCAAGCAUGAACAACCACCUUCCCACUCCGAUACCAGUAGGCCUUCAAGAGUUGAACCAACGGAUUCGCUCAACCAGCCGCACGGUCAUCAUAUCGCAAAUCGUGGAUGUAUGGCAGACAACUUGGAGUCAUACCUAGCAGUACCCGUCCUUGGCCCUGCCCCUCGCGGUAACGAGAUCCUUUAA